UUCGAUGAAGAGAAGGUGAGGAUAGUUCUAAUAUUGGGGCUAGAUUGCUUGACUUCAAGACGCAAGAGCGCUACUACACCAAGAUCGUCGAGCGUUACAUGACCUUCUGUUCCGAUGCUGGUGAGAGAGACGAGCUUCUCCGUCGCUUUGCCUCGCUCGACCUGACGUCUAACCCCAAUGUCGAGAACCUACCUACGAAACCCGCUCCGAAUGCCUCCUCUCCAGAUUUAAACACAUCACCAACGACCCCGGUUACUAUCCCGAAUAACACGAAAGGUCUAUCCGACGUCCUGUCAGCGCUUAGAAAGCUACGGGAGGGCAUUGUGGCCUCUAAGCGUGUUGACGAUUUUGCGAUUCAAGUCUACCUCUUCUGCAUUCGGCUUUCUGUUUUGGUCAAGCAUCCAGAAUCCUACCAUCCGGCUAUCCUCCACCUAUUGCGUCGCAUACAACCGCUUCAUAGCAUGACUUCGGUUGAGAUGAAUGAAGUGGUUGGCUAUCUCGUUCUCGAUACGGCCUGUAGGAGAAACGACUUGGCCGAGGCUUUCGCAGUGCGACAUAAAUAUCAGCUAAGAGAUGCAAGGAUCGACGUGGUCCUCGAUACACUAGCGCAUGACAAUUAUAUACAAUUCAGUCGUUUGAAGAAGAGGGUCGAUGGACAUAAAGCCAAACUGCUGGAAUACGCCGAGGAAAGCAUGCGGAAACACCUACUUAAAUGCUUCGGGAGGACGUAUUUAAGUAUAGACUUAGAUUUCUUAGAGACAUGUGCGGAUUCAAAAUGGGCAACGCUUCGGGCAGAGGACGGGGUCGGAUGGGAACUGGAUGGGGGGAAGGUCGUUAUUAGAAGGGUUAAGGCUCGAUAAUGUCCAAACUUGCGGCAUGGUGAAUUGUGUCUUGUUACUUGCCGGACCUGCCUACUUGGGCGCUUAGCUGGUAGAAGAUUCCAAAGGCCGAAACAUGACCGGGCUGGUUAUAUGCAUGUUAUGCCUGAAGUAAGGAUAUCCAAUCGAAAAGAAAAUAGUAAUUUGGAAUACUGCCAAGAUCGUUCCCCUAGUCUUCCGACUCCUGGAUCAAAUGUGCCAAGCAG